ACCAGCUGCAGAACUUCCUGAAGGCGGAGAGGGGGCCGCGGGAGCGCGCAGUGCCGGGCGGCUGCCUGCGGCGCUGGGGAGGGGGCGGCAGCGGGACCCUGCCCGCCGUGCCUGUGGCCACCAUGACCAGCGCGAUCCUGAGGAGAAACUCCAGCAAGCAGGGCCUGCAGAACCUCAUCAGGCUGACAGCACAGUGGAGCGUGGAAGAUGAGGAGGAGGCGGCAAGAGAGCGGCGGCGGCGGGAGCGGGAGAAACAGCUGAGAUCCCAGGCAGAAGAGGGCUUGAAUGGCACUGUCUCCUGCUCGGAGAGCGCGGGUCCAGCGCAGGAAAACCACUAUGACUUUAAGCCAUCUGGGACUUCGGAGCUGGAGGAAGAUGAGGGGUUCAGUGACUGGUCCCAGAAGCUUGAGCAGCGCAAACAGAGGUCUCCGCGACCAUCUUAUGAAGAAGAGGACGGUGGUGUGAUGGAAGCAGAAAGCAAACUGGAGCAGAUUCAGCUGGAUCGGGAAAGCCCAGAGGAGAUCCGGGAGGAGAAUGUGGUUAUUGGAGAGGAAGAAAGGUUGUGUCAGGAGGAAGAACAGGCCCAAGAGCAGGAGGAAGGGGAGCAAACCAAGCAAGAGGAAAAGAAGAGAAGAAGAAAUGAGGAAGAAGAAACACCGGAGAAACGCCAGAAGGCCCCAAGCCUUACCAGCCUGGAAGAGGAGGAGUUGUGCUCUGACCACACUGCAGUGUGCUCCACGAAGAUCACGGACAGAACUGAGUCGCUGAACCGCUCAAUACAGAAAAGUAACAGCAUAAAGAAGACUCAGCCUCCCCUCCCUGUGUCCAAGAUUGAUGACAGGCUGGAGCAGUACACACAGGCUAUUGAGACAUCCACAAAGGCUUCAAAACCUGUUCGGCAGCCUUCUCUUGACCUUCCUACCACGAGCAUGAUGGUGGCCAGCACAAAAAGCCUCUGGGAAUCUGGGGAGGUCACGUCGCAGUCUGCUGCGAAGCCCUCUCCUUGUAAGGAUAUCGUGGCUGGAGACAUCGUGAGUAAAAGAAGUCUUUGGGAACAGAAGGGCAACCCCAAACCUGAGAGCAGUAUCAAGUCCGUUCCUUCUGGCAAAAAGUAUAAAUUUGUUGCAACAGGCCAUGGCCAGUACAAGAAGGUGUUGAUAGAUGACACUGCAGAGCAAUAGUGUGCCUGGAGAACUCAUUAACCAGCUGAGCUUGGUCCUGGCUCGAUGCAACCCUCAAUGCCACUAUUUCCUCUGCUCCACAGAAGAUAAUUGAAGGAUGUUUCUCUUCUGGCUAAUGUCAGUCCGCUUUGGUACAGCCUGACUCCUCGUGGGGUGUGAGCAAUACCGCACACUGCCUUCAGAUGGAUGAAAGGAACUAUAUCAGCUGGCAAAACCUAUCCCUGUUUUAACCUUCUGUGUGAUUCUUUGGCUUUUUUUUUUUUUUUUUAAUCUGUCUCUGCUAUGGAGAUGGGAGGCUGUGGCUCUGUUUCCUCUCUUAAGUGUUGGAAGAGAGCGAUGUGCUGCCCUGCUGAGCAGGCAAGGCUUUUGCUAUGUGAUAAUGAAUUUCUGCUUUUGUGGCCCUUGGUGGCUGAGUGGUGGCAGAGAGAGAGCUCAACAGUAACCUGGUAAAAGAACUGGUGUUUGAAAGGAGGGCAAUGGGCAGAUUGUGAGAAGACUGCAGGGAGAGUGUAAGGAGAGUGCAAGGACCACUUGUCACCCUAUUGAUGCCAGUUGUGGGUAAAGUCUUCCCCUGUUUACAAUGCAGCCUCUGUCCCUCUACAACAUCUGUUUUGAGGGACUUCUGUCUGUGGGUUUCUCUGUGUACAUCAAAUCACUUUCAACUCAGUCCUGUUUUUUUAUUUAGUUCCCAGAUCAUUCUUUAAUCACAGUUCCAUACCCAUGCCAAAAUGUCCCUGCCACUUUCCUGUCUCAACAGUGGCAACAGCAGCUUUGUUUCAAAUAGCUGCUACCUAUCUAAGAUGGGUUGGAGGUCUCCUUUCCCAGGUGUGAGGAGUGCUGACCCCUUGUAUUAUCUCCCUUCUCUGGGAAAAUGAUUUGCUUGUUCUCUAACAUGUGGGCUCCAGUGCCAGUGACUGAAACACUUCUGAAAGUCAGAGGUGGUGGGCACAUUGAUAACCUAGUUGGAGCUGAACAGGACAUCUGGGAAAUGGCUGCUGCUCUUAUGCUGGAAGCUGCCUUGGUGAAAGGGCAUCCUAGUGAAUUGUCUGGGGAGGCCAAAGCUUGUUGUGAACUUGAGGAAACUGAAUCCCCAGAGAGUGGCACUUCUGGCCUUGGGCCUGAGGUCUGCAAAUCAGCUCCUAGGGCUGUUUCUGAACUCUCCCACUCCUUCAUACUUCAUGGUGUUCACAUGUCCCCCCAUCCCCUCUUUAAAAUCUUAUUCCUACUCUCUUCCCAUGUCAACAUAAUUUUGCAAGUUGUUUUUACUCUCCUGGAGGGAGGACACAUUGUCUCCAUCCUGCAUCAGUGUGCUUUCUGCUUAAAUUUUGUGCCUCCUGGAUUUUCCUCUUUUUGUAAGCAUUUAAUAAAAUUUGAAGAUGAUGUUGUAA